AGCUUUUUCUUCACCAAAAGCAAAAAUUCGAUCACCAGCACCAGCACAAGCGCCAAUACAGAGCACUUGCACCGAAGGGUCGAGCCGAAUCAAGAGGAGAAGAAGAUGACGGAGAGAGAAGUCUCUUGCGAGAUCAGCGAGCCGCGGUUGGUGGCCAGGAAGUUCCUGGCCAGGCCUCAACACGAGGGCGUCGGGGCCAUCGUCAGGAGAAGCAUUGGCCGGUUUGAGCUGAGAUAUUUCGACCCUUUCCUUGUCUUGGAUGAAUUUUCAGUGACUGCUCCUGCUGGAUUUCCAGACCAUCCGCACAGAGGAUUCGAGACCGUCACCUACAUGUUACAGGGAUCCGUGACACAUGAAGAUUUCGAAGGACACAAAGGGACGAUAGGACCCGGUGAUCUACAAUGGAUGACCGCGGGGAGGGGGAUUGUCCAUUCCGAGAUGCCUGCAAGUCAAGGAACUCAAAAAGGGUUACAGCUCUGGGUCAACCUCUCCUCCAAACACAAAAUGACUGAACCGAAGUACCAAGAAAUAUCAGGCAAAGACAUUGCAGAAGCUGCAGUAGAUGGGAUCAAAGUGAAAGUCAUAGCAGGAGAGGCUUUAGGAGCCAAAUCCCCUGUCUACACAAGAACACCCACCAUGUACUUGGACUUCACCCUCAAGCCAGGGGCUCACCUGCAGCAGCCGAUACCCGCCUCGUGGAACGCCUUCAUCUACAUCCUCGAGGGCGAGGGGGUCUUCGGGAUCUCGAAAUCCUCGCCCGUGACCGCCCACCACCUCCUCCUCCUCGGCCACGGAGACGGGGUCGAGGUGUGGAACAAAUCCGCCAAGCCCUUGAGGUUCAUCUUGGUCGGAGGCGAGCCGUUGGGCGAGCCCGUGGCACAGCUCGGGCCGUUCGUGAUGAACACUCAAGAAGAGAUUGACAGGACGAUAUAUGAUUUCGAAAACUGUAUCAAUGGGUUCGAGAAGGCAAGGCAUUGGAGGAGAUCGGACUUUUAGCUAACUUACCAUUGAAACAAGAAUCGAGAAUCAAUUGGAGCCUUUUCUUUGGAGGCAUAGAGAAAAAAAAAUCAAAUUUCUUCUUAAAAUUAUACAUUGAUUCGAAAUUUGUGGUGAUUCAUUUAUGAUUUUUAGAAAAUUUAUACAUGUAGCAACAGUUUGUUAUAUUUUAAUUUUGGAAUAUAUAUGCCAUAUUGAUUUUUGCUUGUAUGAAGACUCUUUAUCAUCAAUUUAAUGAGAUUCUUUUAA